CAGUGGUCCGGACACGGUCUUCUACGUGCCCGCGAUCUGUACCGCCACGCCGCCACUCGUCAGCCGCCACAACGGUCACAUACACAGCCGACCACCCCCCCACCCGUGGACCAUCGCCACGCCCACAUCGGUACCGCCGCCGCAACCGCCCGUGAAGUGGAGGGUCUCCGCGCGCCGCCGGCAACGGCUUCGCUGGUUCUCGAGCCAGUUCUUGCUUCUCCGCCGUCGCGUCCGUCAGACGACACGUCCGUCCGACAUCCGACGACUGCCGCACCGAUUUCACCGACGUACCGUUUGGUCGUCCGUUGCAUUAUUAUUAUUAUUAUUAUUAUUAUUAUUAGUACUAACUUUUGAUUUUGGUAUUUAUUUUUUCGGAUAAUUAUUAUUAUUGUGUAAAUUCGCUCGUUGCGUCUUUUUUAUUUUUAUUUUUUUUUUUUUAGUGCGGUUUUUUUUGUUUUUGUUAUUAUUUUAUACUAACUCUUACAGAUUACAUUGUAUCUGCCGAAGUUGUCGUCAAAAGUGUAAUCCUAAAAUUUAUCAUUAUGAAUCUGUUCCGGUGGUGUACGUGCCGCCGACCCGCUCUUUACGCACCUUACCGGCGCGGCUGACAGUGACACUCGUGGACCCCACACUCACGGACGAAACAGUCGAUUUUCUUUGCUGAUAAACAAUUUUUUUGCGAUUUUUUUCGUCUCCAUCGUUGAAAGCAUAUUUGUGUCACCACAGUGACUCCUCUGCCCGUGACCCAGCCACCUCGUCAAAAUGCCGAAGAUAUUCCUCAUCAAAAACCGAUUGCACCAGCAGCAACAGAAAUUGCUGGAAAACCAAAAGGGAAACGCGCACGUUUCCUCCGACCCGCUGGUACAGUCGCUGCAAAACUAUCAUAACGACCACAAUCACCAUGACCGGUUACCGUCACCACCGCCGCCGUUCAUAAAGCACCACUAUCAGCACCAUCACCAGCCUGCGCCGCCACCGCCGCCGCCUGUACCGAUAAGGCAGCAUCUGCCGCCUCCACCACCGCCACCACCGCCGCCAAAGCAGCAGCCGCAGUCCAAAGUUGUCCAAGAGUCGCCGGUGUCGAAAACGCCUCAAGAGAAAAAUGUCGCCAAGAAAGAUCUACUGCAGGACGAUGAUGAAGAGGUCGACCGAGUUAAUGGUUUGGAGCGAGAAUCACGAAAUAGAGCAGAGUCUCCAAACCCCCGAGUUAGUCCGACGGUGUCUAUUGAGGCUCCUACGUCGAUAAUAUGUCCGCCGUCACCUGACUGGAACCCACCGCCCAAAAGGCGAUUCAUAUCCACGUCAGAUGGCGAUAAUAUACCAUACGGUAGUAAAGAUAGCUUGCAGGUAACUCAUCGACAAUGUGAACCACCCUCUAUCAAAGUCGAAGAGGAAGCUGUGACUAGCCCGGAGGUUGAACCAAAAUUGCCACCACCACCACCACCACCAGCAGCACCAGCAGCACCAAAAUGUCACCAGGUGUCCGUCAUACAAAGAACACCAGCAGCCGUCAAAUCACCACCCGUCUGUCCGAAAAGACCAUUAACACAGUCUCCAAGCACUGUCGUGGAACCCGAACAAGACGCACCUAUCGAUUAUCAUGUGCCUAAAAAGGAAGCAGAUUUGGACUUGGACAUUGUUCGAGCCAUCAAGAAUAAAUUUACUAUUACGUUACGAGGACAGUUGGUUUCAGCACCAAAUGGUAUUAUCACUGCCGCUGCAGGUCGUGGAAGAAGCAGUGGUGGUCAACAAGGGGGAGGCGGUGGAGGAGGUACAAACGGUGGCAGUACCAACUCUAGUUCAAACCGCGGCUCGUCAUUGCAUUCGUACACACUUGGUGGCGGCGGAGGUGGUGGUCCCGCUGGCCUCUUGGGCAGUGGUGGCGGGGGAGGUGGCAUGGCCCCAGGUGGUGGCGGCAUGAACCCCGGCGGCAACGGCAAGCAUUUCGGUGGACCAAAUAGUCCUGUGUCGCUGCCGCCCUUCCACGAGAGCCUCAUAAAAUCGGGUGGCAAUUGCUAUUCCGCCCAAUACAACAAUCAAUAUCAUUUGAUGAUGACCGAUCAAUUAUGUUUCAAUAACAACGACACGGGUCAAAAUCCUGUCGCUGGUGGUGGUGGUCCUUUCUCCAUUGGAUUGGAAGGUCCACCGAAACAAUAUUCAAUGUUACAAAAUGCCUCGUCGCUAGGCAUAGACAUCAAAGAGGACGAUUGCGAAGAUCUAUCAAGCUACGUAAAGGAAACUAACGGUUUCGACACGUUGAUGGCUGAUUCUGAAAAUGGCACAUCCAACGAUCCUCUGCAGUUCACUGCUACUCUUACUUUCGCGGGUCCCACGGACCCCGACUUCUUGGACAGCCUUAAUGACGCUGCUGAAUUGUUCUUCAAAGAGCCCCAAGAGUGCAUUCCUCCUUCACUCGUCGAACAACCUCUACAUAUGUUCAAUGAACAUAGAAACGGGUUUCCCGAAUCACAAUCAGAGAAGCGCAAUUAUCUACAGCAGGUGAACAACAACAAUAACGGACAGCCAGUAGCAUGCAGAAAUAACUAUGGAAGUUAUGAUAUAUCAAAAGACAGAUUAUCACAAAGUAGUUUCGAGGACUCCAAUCAACAACUGCAACAGUUACAAAUACAAGUGCAAUUACAACAACCACAAAACGUAGACGCUUGUGGACAGAUGAUGUUGUCUCCGGGUUUAUCGUCGCUAGAGAUGGACUCAAACACCAGCAUGUCGGCUCCGUCACCUGCUAGCGUUAGUAUGGAUGGUACGAUGUCCUCACUAACGCCACCGCCUCAAAAUGGCAAAGAUUCCAGUAACUCCGCUUUGGAUGUCAGAGUACUGCAACAUAGGGUGAGAAAGACCACCCCACCUAUAGGGAAACCAAAAUAUUCUUCUUUCUCCAGUAAAUCGAUGGCAAAACUCGGUCUUCCUAAUGACUUGCCAUUCGAGUUUGUCAACGGUGGCCAUGGCAUCAAGAAUCCAUUAGCCAAUCACGAUACUCUACCACCACCGCCGCCAUCAAUGCUAAUUAGAACACCAGAACCAGAGAGGAGCAAUACUUUAGUAGCUCCCGCAACUAUCGUAUCAGUAAAUUCUACUCCCGAACCAGUCGAAACAACCAAAAACGGUUCAAAGUUCUGUUGCAACCUGUGUUCCAAGACGUUCAACCUACAACGUUUGUUAAACAGACACAUGAAAUGUCACAGUGACGUCAAACGAUACCUAUGUACGUUCUGCGGAAAGGGUUUCAAUGACACGUUUGACUUGAAACGACACACUAGAACACACACUGGUGUCCGGCCUUACAAGUGUAAUCUCUGUGAGAAAUCGUUCACCCAACGCUGUUCACUCGAAUCUCACUGCUUGAAAGUGCACGGCGUGCAUCAUCAGUAUGCAUACAAAGAGAGAAGAACAAAGAUGUACGUUUGCGAAGAAUGUGGACACACCACCAAUGAACCCGAAGUGCACUACAUUCAUCUCAAAGAGAAACACCCGUACAGUCCGGCGCUGCUCAAGUUCUAUGACAAGAGACACUUCAAGUUCACAAACUCAAACUUUGCCAACAUGUUGCUUCAAUGAUGACUGAUUCUACUAUUCCCUUUAAUAUAACGGCACAGAACACUGUGCACACAGAAGAGCCACACACCAUGGACAUCGCCUGCCCAGAGUUGUGGCUGCCCUCGAAUCCUCCCCUCCCCACCAGCUGACCACUCGGCGGCUAAAAUCGCGUUACUCGCCAUGGAUACACAAUGUAGUCGGUAUAAUGUUUGCCCGGGAUCCGAUGUUUGAUGUCAUCUGCCGUUCAGAUGUUGCAGAAACACGUCCGCCGCCGCGAAUCGCGAAAACGUUUCCGGCCAUAUAUAAUAUAAUAUAUUAUUACUGCGGGUAUUAUAUUAUUAUAACCAGACGGACAGUGUGUGGUAUAUGUAGGUAUCUCUAUACCUAUAUACCCACAACCGCGGUAUAGACCAUAAAUAUUUAAGACGGCGGCACAUGCGCAAAGUGCUCGGAGCUGAAAAUGGUUCGCUCCGUGAAACCAGCUCAUGCCAAGGCCAUAUAUGGUGUAUUAUGGUCCUCAUUCAGGAGAACAAUGGACUGUCAUAAUGUCGACGGUUUGACAUGUUGAAAUUAAACGAUUUUUUUUCUAAAAAAUAAUCGCACAAAAUUUAAAAUGUAAUAUUAUCUAGAUACCUAAUGUGUAAAAUAUGUAUAUUAUUGCAAAUAGACUGUGUAUAAUUGUAUAUACUUAAAAUUAUAAAUUUUUCAAAUAUAUAUUAAUGUGUAUGUAUUAUUAUAACAGGUACCUAACCAAUUGUUUUUUUAUUUUUUAUUUGUUUGGUUGUAAAUAUUAUGAGUGGCGUGUCCAGGAAUUUUCAAAGGGUGGGGGGAUGUUUUAUGUAGUAACCAGGGUUGGGAUAACCGAAAAAACAACUAGUAGAUAUUGUAGGUACAAGUACACUAGUCGACUGUGGUUAUGUAAUAUUUUAUCUAAAGCUUUCCACACGCAUUCGAUGAUAAUCGCAGCCGUAAAAGACAAAAAAGGGGCCCAUCAAAAUCAGCAGCUAAAAAAAGUUUAAAAAUAAAACCAAAUACAUAAUACGAUAAAUGAUGAGCCAGCGCGUCCGUGACUCGUGUAGUAGUCGGUCUAUUUUACUGAAUCUAUAUUUAAUUUUAAAAUUAGACAAUAUUAAAAAAAGGUUUAUUAAAACUUCGAUUAAAAAAUGGGUCAAAACUCAAAAAGUCCAAAAGUCCAGAAGCACAUUGAUCUAAAAAAAUCUCUAAAUAAUAUGGAAAAUAAAAUGUUUAAUUUCAGUUCUCUGAAUCAUGAAACACAUUUUAAGCUUACUCUGCAAUCUUUUAAACAUAUUAUAAGAAAUAUGCAAAUGCCACAAAAUCCCAACCCUGGUAAAAAUACAUAUAAAUUAAUAUAAUUGUGGUGCUAGAACCAAAGACACAAAUAAAGGGAUUUAUGGGACAAUUGGGUGGGAUAUAACCCCUAACUUCACCCCCUAGACACGCUACUGCAUAUUAUAUAAGAUAUAAGCUAUAAGAUAUCGUAUACGUAUUAUAUAAUAUGAAUAAAUAAUAUAGUUUAUAUUAUAUUAUAUCCUA